AUGGAGAAGACACUUAUUGUGGUUGGCUUAAUAUUGUUAGCAGGAUCAAUUUACAAUCUUAAUUAUUAAUUAGAAACAAACUUGAUUUCACAAUUUGAUCAUUAUUAAUCUAAUUUCAAUAAGAAAUAUUUUGGAUCAGAAUAUUUAUACAGAUUAUAAGUAUACUAGUUCAAUCUGGCUGAUAUAUAAACUAGAAAUUCUAAAUAUGGAACUAAAAUCUUUGGCGAAACUUAAUUUACAGAUCUAACUGAUGAAGAAUUUAAUUCAAUAUAUUUAACUUUGAAAUUAGAGCCAUCUAAUUAGGAAGUAUAAAGAUUUGAAUUUAAUAUUGUAAAUUCUACUCCAAUAGAUUGGAGAUCAAGAGGGGCAGUCACUCCAGUAAAGAAUUAAGGACAAUGUGGUUCGUGUUGGGCAUUUAGUACUACAGGGGUCUUAGAAGGAUUUUUCAAGGUCACAACUGACUAAUUACCAGACCUAUCAGAAUAAUAAUUGGUUGAUUGUUCAACUAUCUUCGACUAUAAUAAAGGUUGUGAUGGAGGUGCUCCAAUUAGAGCCUUGAAUUAUGUAAAAAGAAAUGGAAUUACAACACAAGCUGCUUAUCCAUAUGUUAUUAUUAUAUUAAAUAUCUAGAUUGCUGAAUAAAAUAAGAAUUGUUAAAUAAAAGGAGGUGUAUAUCAUAUUAGUGUUACAGUUUCAAUCUUUGCCAAUGAAGCUGCUCAUUAAGCUGCACUUUAAGAGGGUCCAAUUUCAGUUGCUGUUUAAGCAUCUGAUUGGAAGAACUAUAAACCAACAGGCGAUGAUUAUAUCUUUCCAAGUUCUGCAUGUACUGGAGAUAUUAAUCAUGCUGUUUUGGCUGUUGGAUUCACUUCUGAUGCUCUUAUUAUUAAGAAUUCAUGGGCUACAUCUUGGGGAGUUGAUGGAUAUAUCUAUUUAUAAGGUGGAGUAAAUACAUGUAGUGUUUGGAAUAAUUCAAUUGUUCCAAAAUGA